AUGCCCUGUUCUAAAUCGAGGAGGCGACAGAAGUUCGAGGAUGAGGUUGACUCUAUGUGUGAGGAGGAGUCGAAGCAGGCAGGUGGACGGGCGGUUUGUUCUUCGCGGCUACCCGACUGCCAACGAAGCUACAAGGGAACAAAUUGCCUUGCGGCAAUUCAUCCGUGGUUUGCAGGACCAGCUCUGACUAUUGGGAUGAGGGAGCCUGCAAGCCUCGGUGAGGCACAGGACCUGGCGCUACUGCCCACACCCCCAGGGAGCCUCUCUGAAUGUGUCCUAUGGGAAUCAGGGAAACUAAUAGAGACCGGCUCAUCCGGCAAGAUACCGGUCUCUCAUCCAGCUAAAGAAAUCACUGACAUCAAAGUGACACAAAGCAACACGAAUGGGUUAUCAGCACAUGUACAAGCAGCAGUUAACGGCGUUCGGGCAAGCUUAUUGAUUGACACUGGAGCUGCGUCUGGAUACUGGCAGGUAGAGGUUAAGGAAGGGGAUAAUCACAAAACUGCUUUUCGGACGCGAUCAGGACUACACGAGUAUAAUGUUAUGCCUUUCGGGCUUUCUAACGCCCCCAGUACAUUCGAACGGUGUAUGGAACUAGUUCUCAAAGGACUUCAAUGGAAAACAUUGCUGAUCUACUUAGAUGAUGUGAGAAUUUUCAGCCCUACGUUUGAAGAUCACAUCUCUCGACUCGAUGAAGUUUUCCAACGCUUGAGUAAGGCCGGGCUCAAGCCGAAGCCAAGUAAGUGUGCUUUAUUUCAAUCUGAAGUACUGUACCUCGGACACAUCGUCACACCCAAUGGUGUGAAAGCCAACCCCGACAAGAUAGCAGCAGUGGCGGAGUGGUCGUCACCUUCACCUUGUUUAUGA